GGUGAAGAUGAAGCAAUGUUUGUGGAGUACAGAAAACAGCUGAAGCUGUUGCUGGACAGACUUGCUCAGGUCUCACCAGAGUUACUGUUGGCAUCUGUCCGCAGAGUUUUUAACACUACACUUCAGAAUUGGCAAACUACACGAUUUAUGGAGGUGGAGGUGGCGAUAAGGCUGCUGUAUAUGUUGGCUGAGGCCCUGCCUGUAUCUCAUGGUGCUCACUUCUCUGGUGACGUUACAAAAGCCACGGCUUUACAAGACAUGAUGAGAACGCUGGUGACUUCCGGCGUUAGUGCCUAUCAACACACAUCAGUGACCCUGGAAUUCUUUGAAACUGUGGUUAGAUAUGAAAAAUUCUUUGCUGUUGAACCUCAGCACAUUCCAACUGUUCUAAUGGCAUUUUUAGAUCACCGUGGUCUUCGCCAUACAAGUCCUAAAGUACGAAGUCGAACAGCUUACCUCUUCUCCAGAUUUGUCAAGUCCCUUAAUAAGCAAAUGAAUCCAUUUAUUGAAGAUGUUCUGAACAGAAUACAAGAUCUACUGGAACUUUCUCCUCCUGAAAAUGGUUACCAGGCUCUGUUAAGCAGUGAUGAUCAACUUUUCAUUUAUGAAACAGCUGGAGUAUUAAUAGUUAACAGCGAAUACUCUGCAGAAAGAAAACAGGUUUUAAUGAGGAAUUUGUUGACUCCACUGAUGGAGAAGUUCAAAGUAUUGUUAGAAAAGCUGAUGAUGGCACAAGAUGAGGACAGACAGAUGGCACUGGCUGAUUGCCUCAAUCAUGCUGUCGGGUUCGCUAGCCGAACCAGCAAGGCUUUCAGCAAUAAGCAAACUGUAAAACAAUGUGGCUGCUCAGAGGUUUAUCUGGACUGCUUACAAACGUUUUUGCCAGCUCUCAGCUGUCCACUGCAAAAGGAAGUUCUGAGAAGUGGUGUCCGCACUUUCCUUCACCGCAUGAUUAUUUGCCUAGAGGAAGAAGUUCUUCCGUUCAUUCCUUCUGCCUCUGAACACAUGCUUAAAGAUUGUGAAGCAAAAGAUCUUCAAGAAUUCAUUCCUCUUAUAAACCAAAUAACAGCUAAGUUUAAGACACAGGUUUCACCUUUUCUGCAACAGAUGUUUAUGCCACUACUUCGUGCUAUUUUUGAGGUGUUGCUCCUUCCAGCAGAAGAAAACGACCAGUCUGCUGCUUUAGAAAAACAAAUGUUACGGAGGAGUUACUUUGCUUUUCUGCAGACAGUGACUGGCAGUGGAAUGAGUGAAGUCAUAGCUAAUCAAGGUGCAGAGAAUGUGGAGCGUGUGUUGUUCACUGUCAUUCAAGGAGCAGUAGAUUACCCAGAUCCUAUUGCACAGAAGACUUGUUUUAUUAUUCUUUCCAAGUUGGUGGAGCUUUGGGGAGGUAAAGAUGGACCAGUAGGUUUUGCAGACUUUGUCUACAAGCACAUUGUUCCUGCAUGUUUCUUAGCACCUUUGAAGCAAACGUUUGACUUAGCAGAUGCUCAGACAGUACUGGCUUUAUCAGAAUGUGCUGUGACGUUAAAAACAAUUCAUCUCAAAAGGGGUCCUGAGUGCAUUCAGUAUCUUCAGCAAGAGUAUCUGCCUUCUUUGCAAGUAGCUCCUGAAAUAAUUCAGGAGUUCUGUCAAGCACUUCAGCAGCCUGAUGCUAAGGUUUUCAAAAAUUACUUAAAGGUUUUCUUCCAGAGAGCGAAGCCCUAAGGAAAGUACUGGAAUUUCAUGUACCUCUCUCCAUAAUCCAGAAUUCUGGUUGUUAAUUUAUAAAACUGCUAACUCUUGUGCCAUUAAAACUGGUUUUGUUUUUAAGAAAUGUUGCUUUGUGCUCACAUCAGUACAUAUUUUAGCCUUUUGCAAAAAAAAAAAAAAAAGAGAAAUGCAAAGCCCCCACCUGUGUCUCAAACAUCGAAGGUAUGUGACAACAUGAAAAAUUAUCUGUAUACCUACAAAACCUUUCAUUAUGUAUAGGAUGACUUAAGCUUAUGCUGUUACACUUACAGCAAUGAAAUGACACUUAUUUUUGAAAUUAAAUGUAAAAAUCCCUUCAGACCAUAGCAAUGAUUAUUAAAAUGUGUACAUUUUUGAUACUGAGUAAAAUGUUUUCAUAAGACAUAAAACUCAUUUGUUCAUGUAUGGUGACAUGAAAAUAAAACAAUCAAAGUCAUUCUUGUAGAUAGUAAUUUCAUUGAAGCUGUCUUAAUGAUAAAAUAUAUAUAUACCUCCUAUAAAAAAAAGAUUGGUUUAAUAAAUGAUUUCAUUUAAAAGUAGCAUCUGGUUCUAUCUUUUUU